UUGGGGUGGUGGGACACUGGGGUGUCAUGUCAUCGUUGUCUGUUUCCAUCAGGGCAGGCAGGUCAUCUUCUUUUAUGUCUGCCUGCCUCGAUGUCGAAGGUUGAGGUUUGUCGCUGCUGUGGCUGACGUGGAAGGCUUGAAAAAUGACAGUAUGCUUGACUGCUUAGCCUCGCGCAUGUUUCUAUCAUACAGUUCUUUGUAAACACUCAAACCAUCCUAAAAAUAUGCCCUAAACCUACGUACCCUUUCAAAAUGAAAGUCAUACUUUUCGGCAAUCAUUGCAGUUAAAAUCUCACACUGUUGCUUCACGUUCAGUUCCUGGAAGACUUCACUUUCGGUCCAUUUGCUACUGCAUUCGGUUUCGAUUGUUAUCCUUUCCUCUUCCAACUGCAUCAGCACUUCAUCUAUCAGUUCUUGGUCAUGAGAUGCCAAAACCUCUUCAAUAUCAUCUUCGUCAACUUCCACAAGCCAAAUUCACAUUGUCCUUACUUUGUUCACCACGAUCGAAACGCUUAAUUAUGUCUAGUUUUACGCUAAGUGUUACACCCUUACGAGCUCUUUUAGGCUUUUCCGAUGCCUUAGAACUCAUCUUGCUAAUGGAUGUUCAAAAUAAAUCGACAUAAAGCACAGAUGCUCACAGGCACGUGUUUAAGCAAUGCCGGCUAGAAUGCAGUUCCGAGGAGGAGCUUCGCUACUCAGGGCACUUGCUGCCUUUUUUCAUAACAGUGAAAACACCUUCUGUUAGCGAAAACAGGUGACUAACGUAGGUCUUUCGUAACAGCGAGGUUUCGUAAAGCAAACGUUCAAAAAGCGGGGGACACCUGUAUUAGGGAUGCAGAAUCAAAAAGGGCAACAAAUACACUACUCAAAUUAUAUUUCAAUGCACAAACUAUAAGAAAUAAGAUGGAUGAUCUUGUUGCACUUUUACAGAUUGUCGGGUAUGAUGUUGUGGCCAUCACUGAAUCGUGGCUGAAGGAUGGUUGUAGUUGGGAGCUGAAUGUCCAAGGUUAUCGGAGGGAUUGGAAGUAGGCAGCGGGAGUGCGUGGCUCUGCUGGUAAAGAAUGGCAUCAAAUCAGUAGAAAAAUGUGACAUAGGAUCAGAAGACGUUGAAUCCUUGUGGGUUGUGUUAAGAAACUGCAAGGGUAAAAGGACUCUGAUGGCAUACUCUGAUAUGGGCCUACAAACAGUAACUGGGAUGUGAACUACAGAGUACAAUGAGAAAUAGAAAAAGCUUGUUAACAGAGCAAUGUUAUGAUCAUUCUGGAAGAUUUUAACAGGCUGGUAGAUUGGGAAUUGGAUCGUUGUUUCGCUUUUGUACCAGCAGUUAUGGUUGAAAUGACAAUAAAAGCGACUUGACUUGACUUGAAAAUCAGGUUGAUAGAUCUAAAGAAUUCAAUAAAGUGUCUACGUAGGGCUCAUUGGAGGCCCGGGGUUGGGAGUACAGCUCUCGAUAAUAUGUUUCAAAACUCUCUUGAAUUUUUCCUAUUGUAUUCUCCACAAGCUUUGUCUUUAGAUUCUUUAUUUUAUGAAUUGUAUUGUCUGCUUGUUAUUUUCGUAAUUUAUAUGCUAAUAAUCUAGCUGAUUUACCUCCUACUUCAUAAUUCUUUUGUCUCAGGUAAAGAAAAUUUCUUUGAGUUUCCAAUGUAUAAAUAUCAUCAAUUUCACUUUAGAUCUACCUAAACUUACAGAUUUACAAAAUGAAUGCCUAUUAGAACCAGUAACUGCCAAAGAACUGAAUGUGGCCAUCUCUAGAUUAAAGGCUGGAAAGUCUCCAGGUUCUGAUGGGUUUACCUCAGAGUGGUACAAAUCGCUGAAGUCACAGUUAGCCCCAUUACUACUUAACACCUUUAAUUGGAUCUUGCAGAGAGGAGAAACUCCACCUUCCUGGAAAGGAGUGAUUAUUUCAGUUAUUCCUAAAGAGGGUAAAGAUAAACUAGAAUGUGGUAAUUAUCCGCCAAUUAGUGUUCUUAAUUUAGAUUACAAAUUAUUUACAUCUAUAUUAGCGCGCAGAUUGGAAAAGCUUUUAACUGGCCUAAUCCAUUUAGAACAGACUGGAUUUAUUCAACAAAGACAAACACAGGACAACAUAAGGAGAACUCUACACAUACUAGAACAGGUUAUUAAGAACGAGACAGAGACAAUGGUUGUGGGAUUAGACGCUGAGAAAGCUUUUGAUUUAGUUAGUUGGGCAUUCCUACACAGAGUGUUAGGAAGAUUCAGCUUUCAAGAAAAGAUUAUUAAAGUAAUUCAGACUCUAUAUGACAGCCAUACAGCUCGAAUUAAGAUAAAUGGGGACCUCUCUGACUCCUUUAUUUUAGAGAGAUGCACUAGAUAGGGAUGCCCAAUUUCUCCUCUCCUUUUUGCGCUAUAUAUUGAACCGCUUGCCCAACUAAUAAGACAGUGCGAAAUCGUAAAAGGUAUCAAGGUGGCAGGGAUUGAACAGAAAGUGGCGUUAUUCGCAGAUGAUGUUUUAGUCUAUCUGAGUGAACCAGAAAAAUCACUUAUAGGAUUGUUUACACUGUUGGAUGACUUUGGGAAAAUAUCAGGUUAUAAAAUAAAUGUAAAGAAAACGCAGGUUAUGUCCCUAAAUUAUACACCAUCCAAAAAACUGCAGGAUACAUGUGAUCUUAAGUGGGAAGCUAAAUCAUUAAAAUAUUUAGGAAUAACCCUGCCGAAGGAUCUUUCAACGCUGUCACAGGUAAAUUAUGGGCCAUUAAUUUCAGAGAUGAAAGCAGAUAUGCAUAGAUGGAAUCUUAUCCCCUUUUUAAGUUUAAAUUCAAGGAUAAAUACUAUAAAAAUGAAUAUUCUCCCUCGGUUACUGUAUCUUUUCCGGAUUUUACCUGUGGAGGUGGAUGAUAAUCAAUUCAGGGAAUGGGACAAAUGGAUUUCCCACUUUAUCUGGCAAGGAAAGAAACCUAGAAUUCGAUAUAACACCUUACAGUUAGGGAAGGAAGGAGGAGGUAUGGUACUUCCUUGCUUGACAAAUUAUUUUUUUGCUUCACAGAUAACCUCUCUGUUAUAUUGGUGUAAUAGGGAAUAUAAGGCCAGAUGGAAGGAAAUAGAAUUUGUAUUGGUUGACAGUUUUCCUCUACAGGCUUCAAUAGCUGACAUAGGAUUGAUGGCCCAAUUGGAAAAGUUUAAAAACAGUUGGAUAAAUCUUACAUUAAAAGUAUGGCAGAAGGUGGUUAAUUCAUGUGGAAUCAACAACAUGUUAAAACUUUUCAGAUGGUGUGCAUAUGAUACCGAAUUCCUUCCCAACAGAGGAGAUAACAGAUUUGAACUAUGGAUAAAGAAAGGUCUUACAACCUACCUCUCAUUUACACAUAAAAGAGUAUUACAAAGUUCCCAAUUCCUGCAGGGCAAACAUGGCCUAGAACACAAUGACUUUUUUAGGUACCUUCAAGUACGACACUAUGUUAACCAGAGUUGUAGAUAUACAGACCUAUCAACAGUAGAAUUAGAAUUUUUCAAGAUUCUGAAUUCGGCCUGCAGUUCAAUACCUAGUAAAUCAGUUUCUCGAUUAUAUAAUGCACUCUCCCAUGCUAAAAAUGUAAACACAUUGUAUAUUAAAGAGAAGUGGGAGAAAGAAGUGGGGUUGGUACUUUCAGAGGAGGCUUGAGGGAAAAUAUGCAGCUUUCAGUGGUCUUCGACUAAUUCUUUGACUUGGAGAGAACAUAGUUGGAAAAAUAUUAUAAGAUACUUCAAGACCCCAUAUUAGGAAAAAUAUAAAGACACAAACGUGACGUGUUGGAGAAGGUGCGGCUCCAAGGAGGCAAAUCAUUUCCAUAUUUUCUGGGAUUGCCCUAAAUUAAGUUUAUAUUGGAAAGGUAUUCAUAGAACAUUAGUUAAGGCACUUAAGACCCAGAUACCUCUGAACUUUGAAACGCUCUAGUUGGGGCAUGUAUUGUUUCUUGAACAGAAGAAAGAUAUAAAGUUGCUGCAGGCCCUUUUAACGGCAAGUAAGAAAUCAAUCACUAGGAAGUGGCUACAUCCAAUACCACCUACAUUAGAAGAUUGGCACGAAUUUAUCUUGGAAAUAUUUAAAAUGGAAAAGAUGACUUACUCCCUGAGAAUUCAAAAAGAAAAAUUUUAUCAAAUCUGGAAUAAAUGGAUUGAAUAUAUAACCCCAAAGCGAGCAGACUUUAGAUGAUUCUCCUAAUGAUUUAUACUGCUCUUCUCAUCAACACAGUAAUAUUGCUAAAGUAAGCACCCCGGUCUAAAUGUUUACUGUUUUUGUUUUUUUUUGGAAAAUAGAGAAUUAACACAAGUAAAGGAAAAGAUUUGGGAAAGGGAGAAAAAAUGAUAAAAUUAAGUAAAUAAGUACAUUGGGAUUGGAUAAUUAUGUUUGGGGGUAGGAGCAAACAUGAACAAGUUAGGAUAUAAACACCUACAAUGGUUGUUACAUAGGCUUAAAUACAACAUUUUGGACCAGAAGAAAUGGUCAAGAAGAGAUAUAUGGAAAUUAUUAUUAAUCCACUAUUACUAUUAUUUUUCUUAACAACUAAUAUCAUUACUUAGCCUAAUAGAUUAGAAUUUCAGCUGUACAUAAUGAUCUAUUUAAGUGUCUAAUUUCUUUUUAUAUCAUCUUAAUGUGUGCUUAGGAAUGUAUAAAUAAUUAUAGUUUUGUACAUAUAUAAAAAAACGGAAAAGUAUACAUGUGAAAAAAGUACUUGAUACUUGUGAAUUCCUUAUCCAAAUAAAAAUAAAAAAUUAAAAAAAAAGAAAAUCAGGUUGAUAAUGGAUCUCAAAAAGUGAAUUUGUUGAAUGACUAUGUGAUGGGAUUUUAGAGCAAUUUGUCAUUGAGUUUUCUCGGGGAUCAGGUAUACUGGAUUGGGUUCUAUGUAAUGAACAGGAGGCGAUUAGGGAGCUUUAGGUAAAGAAGCCCUUAAGAGGCAGUGAUCACAAUAUGAUUGAGUUGAACUUGACAUUUGAUAGGGCGAAAGUAGAGUCCGAUGUAGCAGUAUUUCAGUGGAGUAAAAUAAAUUACAGUGAAAGAGAGAGGAGUUGGCCAAAAUAAAUUGGAAGGAGAUGCUGGCAGGGAUGACAGAGGAGCAGUAGAGGCUUGAGUUUCUGGGAAAAAUGAGUAAGGUGAAGGAUAGAUAUAUUUCAAAAACAAAGAUAUACAUAAAGAAAAAAAUAGUACAGCCAUGGCUGACAAAGGAAGUCAACGUUAAUGCAAAAAAAAGAGGGUAUACAACAAAGCAAAAAUUAGCGGGAAGGUAGAGGAUUGGGAAGCUUUUAAAAAGCUACUGAAAACAACUAUAAGAAUCGUAUGAUGAAAUAUGAAAACAAACUAGCAAACAAUAUCAGGGUGGAUAGAAAAAGCUCUUUCAAGUAUAUAAAAAAUAAAAAAAAGAGUUGUAAGUGGAUAUAGGAAUGCUAGAAAAUGAGGCCGGAGAAAUAGUAACAGGGGAUGAGGUGAUGGCAGAUGAAUUUUAUGAGUGUUUUGCAUCAGUCUUCACCAUGGAAGACACCAGCUAUGUGCCCGGUGUUGAAGGGUGUGAAGAAAGAGAAGUGAGUGCAGUUACUAUUACAAGAGAGAAGGUGCUCAAAAAACUGAAAGACAAAAAGGUACAGAAGUCACCCAAACCAGAUGAACUGCACCUGAGGGUUCUGAAAGAGGUAGUUAUAUAGAUUGUGGAGGCAUCAGUAAUGAUCCCUUAAGAAUCAUUGGACUCUGGCAUGGUGCUAGAGGACUGGAAAAUUGCAAAUGUCACUCCACUCUUUAAAAAAGGAGGAAGGCAUGGAAAGGAAAUUAUAAAGCAGACUUCCUGACAUCAGUGGUUGGGAAGAUGUUGGAGUCGAUUGUUAAGGAUGAAAUCAUGGAGUACUUGGUAACACAGGACAAGGUUGGAGAAAGUCAGCAUGGUUUCCUUAAGGGAAAAGCUUGCUUGGCGAACCUCUUUGAGGAGAUUACAAGUAGGAUGGAUAAAAGGGAUGUAGUGGAUGUUGUAUAUUUGGAUUUUCAGAGGGCCUUUGACAAGGUACCACACAUGAGGCUGCUUACUAAGUUAAGAGCCCAUGGUAUUACAGGAAAGUUACAAACAUGGUUAGAGCAUUGGCUGAUUGGUAGGAAGCAGCGAGUGGGAAUAAAAUGAUGCUUUUCUGGUUGGCUGCCAGUGACUAGUGGUGUUCCGCAAAGGUCGAUGUUGGGACCGCUUCUUUUUAUGUUGUAUAUCAAUGAUUUAGAUGAUGGAAUAGAUUGUUUUGUUGCCAAGCUUGCAGAUGAUAUGCAGAUUGGUGAAGGGGCAUGUAGUGUUGAAGAAACUGGAAGGCUGCAGAUGGACUCAAACAGAUUAGGAAAAAUGGGCAUGAAAGUGGCCCAAUGUUGGAAAAUGUACGGCCAUGCACUUUGGUAGAAGAAGUAAAUGUGCAUACUAUUUUCUAAACAGGGAGAAAAUCCAAAAAUCUGAGAUACAAAUGGACUUGGGAGUCCUUGUGCAGAACAUCCCAAGGUUAACUUGCAGGUUGAGUCUGUGGUGAGGAAGACAAAUGCAAUGUUAGCAUUUAUUUCAAGAGAUUUAGAAUAUAAGAGUAGAGAUGUGAUGCUGAGGAGUUUAUAAUGCACUGCUGAGGCCUCACCUUGAGUAUUGUGAACAGUUUUGGGCUCCUUAUUUAAGAAAAGAUGUGCUGGCAUUGGAGAAGGCUCAGAGGAAGUUCACAAUGAUGAAAGGUCUCUAAUAUGAGGAACAUUUGAUGGCACUGUGCCUGCAACUGCCGGAAUUUAGGAGGAUGAGGGGGAUCUCAUUGAAACUUUUUGAAUGUUGAAAGGCCUAGACAGAAUAGAUGUGGAACAGAUGAUUCCCAUGGUGGGAUACGCUAGGACAAGAGGACACAGCCUCAAGAUAGAGGGGUGUCCAUUUAAAACAGAGAUGUGGAGAAAUUUCUUUAGCCAGAGGAUGGUGAAUUUGUGGAAUUUGUUACCAUAGGCAGCUGUGGAGGCCAGGUCAUUGGGUGUAUUUAAGGCAGAGGUUGAUAGGUUCUUUAUUAAUCAUGGCAACAAAGGUUACGGGAGAAGGCUGGGGAGUGGGGCUAAGAAGGGGAAGAAAAGGAUCAGCCAUGAUUGAAUGGCGGACGAGACUCAAUGGGCCAGAUGGCCUAAUUCUGCUAUGUCUUAUAGCCUUAUACACACAGUAUGUUAUCUUAUAGAACUACUAUACACGUUCAUCUUCUAUCAGAUUCCUUCCUCUCCAGCUCCUUACAUUUCCUACCCAUCUGGCAUCACCUAUAACCUUUUAGGAAUUCUCCUUCUCUUCCCCCACCUUUUUAUUUUGCGGUCUUUAACCUUCCUUUCCAGUCCUGAAGAAGGGUCUUCUCCUGAAACAUUGACUGGUUAUUCAAUCGCAUUGAUGCUGCUUGAUCUGCGGGUUCCUCCAGCAUUUUGUGUGUGUCUAACUUUACAAGCAGCUUUUUGCCUCCCACUUGAAGUUCAUCCAAUAACCUUAAUAUAUACAGAGUAGAUUCUGGUUCUUUAUAUUCAUAAAAGAUGAAUGUUUGCAACUUUCCUUCAGCUCCUUGAAUUCUCUUCCAGCUUAAAUCGAAACCACAUUUUGCAAGUAACUGCCUGAUUAACAUACUGUAUCAGGAAAAUGAGAGCAGAUCUUAUAGAAACAUAUAAAAUUAUGAAACGGAUAGAUAAGAUAGAGGCAGGGAAGUUGUCUUCACUGGUAGGUGAGACUUGAACUAGGGGACAUAGACUCAAGAUUUGGUGGAGUAGAUUUGGUGAAGAGAUGAGGAAGAACCGAUUGUCUCAGAGAAUGGUGAAUCUGUGGAAUUCUCUGCCCAAUGAAGUAGUGAAGGCUACCUCAGUAAAUAUAUUUAUGACAAGUUUGGAUAGAUUUUUGCAUAAUAGGGGAAUUAAGGGUAAUGGGGUAAAGGCAGGGAGAUGGAGAUGAGGCCAUGGCCAGAAUGGCAGAGCAGGUUUGACGGGCCUACUCCUGCUCCUAUUCCUUAUGUUCUUAUGUUCUCAGAUAAUUUGCCUUCAAAAACAGUUGACAGCUUUCGUCACUUUCAGUUGUGGCUCCAUCUAAUACUUUUAUUAAUUCCCUUCAGUUGACUCUAUUGCACGGGAUGUGGCAUACAAAUUGAAGCACCUUCAAUAACUCCAAAACACUAAGGUUUGGUAAAAUACUGAAAGGCUUUUAUUCGUUGUACAAUACGACCUCCACAGUGAGUGUCUGCUCUCGGACUGAGGGGGAGGGGCAAGGCAAACACCUUUGUACAGGACUCUGGGGGAGGAGCCACAGCAGCAGUCAGCAGAGGGGCGUGUCCAGACACUUAACCCAGUCACAACAUAUAUAUGGUUUACCACACAAAUAAUGGAUAGACCUCCAAUCAAGUUGCAGUUCUUUCAGCCACUCACAACCGCACAGGGCUGAUCCUUCUGUUUUAAGCACAUAUAAGCCAAUUGAUUGUGCCUUAUUGAUUGUUGUAUUUCACUGUCACAAAGGUCAUUCUCACAGGAGUUCUUUUCUCCAGUGUAAGUUCUUAGUCGGAUAUCUACAGGCUUCAGUUCAGUAUCUUCUAAACUCAUUUUGUGAAGUGACUGACAGCCAAACACUAUCACUCCAAUUCUCAUCUCCUUGUUAAAUUUGUCGCGGUCCUGACUGUUAAUUCCCCAUUUUCUCCUAAUUCCCUUUGAUGGCAGCACACCUGGUUCUCAUCAAGCCCUGCAGCAUAAAAACCCUGGCUUUGCAUCCACUCCUGCAAUGAAACCAAUAAUUCGAAACUACCCCCCAAUCCUCCCACCAUCCCAAAAGGUAGAAGUCGAACAAAGAGAAGGAAUAGGCCGGAAUGCACCCCCAUAGAAAAAGAAAAAAGAAACAGAACUCAGCGAACUGCUCAAUUCAAAUAGUGAUUUUUAAAAGUUUUUCUUAAUUCCCCUCCAACCUUUUACAAGAAAAAACCCAUGGCCCUAAGAUAAGAAAGCCCUGCAGAGGAAAAAAAAUGUUUAUGCUUAAUCAUUAAAAACUAAACUAGGGAAUGCAAAACAAUCUCCAGAGACGUCAAAACAAUAAUAUUAAACCUAAGCAAUGUAAUCUCUAACAAAGAAAAAUUGGCGCCAUUAUCCCUUUGACUUACUGCCUGAUGAAAAAACACUUUUUAGCAGAAAAACUGAGACUAAUUAUCUAUUUAUUCUAUUUACUAAGCACUCCACGAUGUAUAUAAGAAAAAGUCUAUAUAGACUAUGAAAACUAUCACUUAAUUAAUGAAGAAAAGGAAGAGUAAAAACCAGUUAACAAUCUGUCCACUGUGUUAGUUCACUCAGUAUAACAAACAGAGUUCGGAAAAGUCAUUCAUCAGUCAAAACAAGACGUUCACAUCUUCUUUAAGUGGCCCAUUGAUCAAAGGACAUCUUCAACAUAUCAGAAAUCUUCAAAGCCUGUCUUCUUUCAGAAAAUUAUUCAGCAGACCUAAUACCAUUCAGACCUCGGCCACCUCCAAAAUAGAAUUAACAUAGUCCAAUGCCGCUCGGGGAUCCAAAAAAACAUAUGGAGUCGAAUCUUUAGAAAAUAAUUUAAAUUGGGCUGGAUAACAAAGUGAUGGGAAUAAUCCCUUAUCAUGGGCUAUCUUCAUAGCUGGAAUGAAUUUGAGUCGCUGUUCCAUAACUUCCUGUGGAUAGUCUUCUCGAAUCUUAGAACCCUUAAAUUUAAAGACUCUGUCUCCUUGCAUAUUUUAUGACUUGGUCUUUAACUCUGAAAUGAAGAAAACUGACCAAAACUGACCUUGGUUUAUCUGGAUCUGGAGAUCUCGAAGUGAAAAUUCUAUGCGCUCUUUCAAUAUUGGGAGGCUGAGGUAGAAUGUCCGGAAACAGAGAUUGAAACAAAUUAGCAAAAUAGUCCAAUAAAUUCCCACUCUCAGAUCCUUCCUUCAGUCCAACAAUUCGAAUGUUUUUCCAACGAGACCUUGUUUCCAAAUCAAUAAUCUUGCGUUGAGCCUUUUCCAAGCGGGCUGAAAUAUCCGCUAUCUGACGCUUUGACUCUUUAAGCUCAGUGUUUAAGGAAAUAAUAUUUUCCUCUACAAACUGUAAACUCUGUCAAAACGAUUUCAUCUCAGAAGUGUUAUUGUCUUAUUUUCUUGUUGAGAGCCAUCAAUGCAUGUUCUAAAUGCUCAGCCCAGACAGGCAUAUCUUCUGAUUUUUCUUUCGAAGUUUUUCUGUUUCCAUUGCUGGAUUCAGAAAGUUGCUUUCCACUUCUUAAAGAUUGUGACAUAACGAUAACUAUUCCCCUCUAAGAUCUGACAAAUAAAAGUUAAAAAUUCAAAGUUUAAACUGGGGAAAAGGAGGAAUUAAAGACAGCCACAGGAUUUGAGUGUUACUCCAUAGAGCUGCAAGUGGCAGUCCUUUGCAUCCACUCAUUGCCAGAUCGUCGUUUCGCCAGUGUGGUAAUUAAUGUUCCCGGCUGCUUAGGAUUGUGUAUUCUAAGUUUUACUUCAGUACCGAGGUUUACCUGUGUAACUCCGUCUCUCUGUGCCAAGAAAAGUAUUGUCUACCACUUGCCUUUCUACGCUCCAUAAGUUCUGCCCGCCUCCUGCUUUCCUGUUCACCCUCCUGUUUGCCGUUCAGCUCCAGCCACUCCCACACCCUCGUCUGCAUCCUAACUCAAUCUCCGUGCCAGUGCCCUGCAUUUGGGUUCACCCCGUUCUUUGCAACAGAAUGAUCUGGCCAUCAUGGACCCAGUGGACACAAAGACCCUUCAACAAGACUCUCUCCUCAUUCUGCUCCCAGCCCGGCCGUUUCCACCGCCCCCGGAGAGGAACCCAUGCAGCUGGGACCGAACCGCCUUUCUCCCACUGAACGAGUGGAGAAUGAGAGCAGGGGCCGUGCACAAUUCUGAUUUGAUGGAGACAGCCAUGAGGGCACAGAGGAACAUCUGGAGUAACUUCUGGAAUGCCCGGUUCGCUGCUGCGCGAUCGAGAAUCUCCGAAGGGAAGGCCCCAAAAUCCUUGGCUUUGCCUGCUGCUGGCGACCGGGGCUGGGGUUGAAGCAUUCGGCAGAGAUGGUGCUCGUUGCUCGGUGCCGGAGGGCUGGUUGGAGUUCGAAGUUUUCGGAUGACUCAGAGUCGGACUGUGGUCAGGUAUGGCAGGGAGAGUUUUCUUCCUUCUCUCGUCUGCGUGAGAUGUGGGACUUUCGAGAGACUUUGAACUUUUUUACCAUGCUCACGGCCUGUUCUUCAUCAAGUUACGGUAUUGCUUGAACUGUUGUAACUAUAUGUUAUAAUUAUGUGGUUUUUGUCAGUUUUUCAGUCUUGGUCUGUCCUGUGUUUGUGAUAUCACACUAGAGGAAUAUUGUAUCAUUUCUUAAUGCAUGCAUUACUAAAUGACAAUAAAAGAGGACUGCGUGUCACCCAAACCUAAACCUAAACCUAAACCUAAACCUACCCAGUAUGUCUUUGGAUUGUGGGAGGAAACAGGAGCAUUCGGGAAAAACCCAGGUAUUCCACAGAGAGGAUGUACAGAACCUCCUUACAAACGGUGCCAGAAUUGAACUCCAAACUCUGAUGUCCCAAGUUGUAUUAGCAAUGCCCUAACUGCUACACUGCAUGGUACCCAUUGUAACCUCUCACUCUAGACCCCCAGGCAAUGGAAACGGUUU